GGGGUUUUUUGGUCACUUCGGUGGCGGCGCCACGGCCGGGACAGCCGCUCCGUUGGCGGGCGUUAGUGCUGCUGAGGAGCGGGGCCGGGUCUACUCGAGACGGCAGCGGCCGCCCAGGGUUAUUUGCAGACGGUCCCUCCGAGCCAGCGCCGUGCCCGCGCCCGGGCGCGCUGCCGCUGUGCGCGCGGAGCGGGGGCGCGCCCGGCGGGGCCAGCCCCGGGGUCCCGCCCGGCCCAUGCUGGCCAUGGACUCGGCGCUGCAGGUGGCCGAGGAGGAGGUGGUGGCGGCCGAGUCGUGCGGCCCCAGCAGCAAGUUCGAGGACAUUUACCGGCUGCUGGCCGAGGGCUGCUUCCCGCCCAGCUUCUGCUCCAUCAAGAGGAAGAACCUCAAGCGCUACGCGCAGAAAUUCGUCGUCGACGGCGGCUGCCUCUACUAUGUGGGACCCAAGAAGGAGGAAAAGCGGGAGGUGAUUGUGGAUCCCGAACGGAGGCGUCAGGUCUUUCUGGAAAGCCAUUUCACCGAAAUUGGGAACCACCUAGGCCAGAAGAAGACCGUGCACCGGAUUCAGAGCCGGUACUACUGGCUGGGGAUUGUGAAGGAUGUUGUGGACUGGAUCAAAAUGUGUGAAACGUGCCAGAACGCAGAGCACAACAAGACUGUAUCGCGGAAAGCAAGGCCUGUCAAAGUGGAGUCACCCUGGGAGGUGCUGGGAUUAGACAUUCACGGACCUUUUCCUGAGACGAGCCAGAGCAAUACGCAUGUCCUCCUUGUGACCGACUACUUCAGUAAGUGGGUUGAGGCGGCUCCUCUGCAGAAGAAAGAUCCCUUAGCAGUGGCUAAAGCCUUGGCUACAAUUUUUUACAGGUUUGGAGCAUCCAAGAACAUUUAUGCCGGUCAGACGUGGGACUUCUGUGAGGAGGUCAGCCGGCAUUUGUGCGAGCGCUGGAACAUCUCGCAGAUCCUCACUCCCGCGGACCCUGCAGACUGCGCAGGCCUGGAUGACCGCAGCGCCGAGGUGCUCAAAUCCUCCAUCUGCAGCGUGGUGAACGAGAAGCCCAGCGAAUGGGACACCCAUCUCGACCCUGUGCUCUUCGAUUUCCGCACCUCGGUCAACUCCGUCACGAAGUACACCCCCUUUUUCCUCAUGUUCAACAGAUACGUGUGCCUGUCGUCUGAGGUGGGUUUUGUCAAGGACUCCAAAGAGCAGGGAGCUAACUCCGGUAAGGCAGAUGGCCUCCCACCAUUCACGGCCGCAGUUCAAGAGCAGCAGAACGCGGUGAAAGAGAUUGUGAUCGCCAACAUGACGGCAGCCUACAAGCGGGGGCGGAAGAGUGUGAAAAGGAAAAGCCGGGGCCUGCCCUCUCUUGCCUUCAAAGUGGAAGACAACGUGUUUGGGGACAGUGGUGCCACCUCUCUGAAGAAGCUGAAGAAGGGGCAGUUUGUGUCGUUUCAGAUCGAGACGGUCCUGCCGCCCGAGCAGAGUUUGUCUGGCCUGAAGAAAACCAGUUAGUCUCUGGGGCUUUUUCGGGGCUCCUGCAGGGCUGGGGACAGUAGCAUGGACUGUCCCUGAGGUUUGUGGCCCAGCUGCCUGGGAGACCAGGGCACAGAAGUGCCUGCCCUGUCCUGGGGGAAAGGAAGGGGAAGGUUCAGACAAAGGUGUCUGUUCAGUCUCUUCCCAGUCCAGCUUUGCCCUCGGACCAUCGCUCCGACCGAGGGAGGUGGCACCAUCCAGCCUCCUUUACGUUUUGGACUACGGUGUGGAAACUGCCCCUUUGGGAGCAAUUGCGUCAACGCCUGGGAGGUGAUCUGGGUGCAGAUGAGAACCAGAGACUAGACCUGACUUUAGCUAGAUCGCAGUUUGUUUCCUACAAGCUAAACCUGUCCUCCCCACGGUUCCCUUGAACCGGGAGGAGUCAGGCCAGGUCUGACGGCAUUCCCGGUGGACAUGGGAAUGGCUUGAAGUGAGCUUUUUUUUUUUUAGUUUUAAGCACUAAUUAGCAGAAAUAAAAUUGACAAUAGAAAGUGGAUAUUUUAAAUUUUGGUUAUCCAGGCAGAGAAAAAUGAAUUUUCCCUUUUUAAUGUCGCCAUUCCAUUCUCUCUAGAAACUGAAUGAAUUCUAGGAAUCCUGUGGGCUGUUCCUGCACUAGUGAGGGUUAUAGGCGUGUUUUUAAGCCCAGUGGUCCAAAAAUGCAGGAAAAUGAGGAUAAUGACACCUGUUAGUUUCUCUGCCUAUAUAUGUGCUGGAUGCACAGAUGCCGCCCAGGGAGCAGCCCGAGCGCUGCCGUCCCUAUGGAGCUGCCACAGCAAUUUCAAGGGGGAAAAAUAACUUAAAAGCUGGAUUUCUUGAAACUGCAUCCCUCAUCGUGUUAGGGGUUAAUUUAAACCCCUGUGGAGCCCCUGUUUAGGGGUUAAUUUAGAACCAUGUCAAACCCCUAUUUAGGAAUUAAUUUAAAGAAAAAAAAAAAAAAAGGAUGUUGAGCCCUUGUCCUGGUUGCUUUUGGAGCCAAGUCGUGUGUUGUAUUUUUCUCCCUCUGCUGCAGAAAUUAAAUAAAACCGAUAAAGAUAAAAAA